AUGUCACAGCCAACGCUCAUCUUCGCCCCAGGAGCCUGGUACCCAUCAUCAGCGUUUGACCCACUCAUCGCCAAACUGGCCCCACACGGCUACACCUGCCAAACCGUCUCCUUCCCUUCGAUCCAACAGGCAACGGAAGUCAAAGACCUAACGGGCGAUAUCAGCGCCGUGCGGGCACUAGUUGAACCAGCCGUGAAUGCCGGUCAAGAGGUGGUCAUCAUUUCGCACAGCUGGUCCGGCCUACCCGUAAACAGUGCGCUCGAGGGACUGAGCCGAGCCGAAAGACAAAAGGAGGGCAAAGAGGGCGGCGUGACGAAGCUGAUUUUCAUCUCGGCCUUCUUGCCGGAGAUCGGAGAGAGCUUGAUUGGGGCUUUUGGGGGCGUGCCGCCGGAGUGGUAUGUGAUGGACGCCGAGAAUGCGACAGUGACGGCGGAUGAUCCGUUCACGCUCUUCUUUCAUGAUGUCCCCGAUGGGCGCGAGUGGGCGACAACGCUGCGCCCGCAUGCGUGGGCGACCAAGAACUCGCCCGCGACGGGGACUGCCUAUGUGGAUAUUCCUGCUACGUAUCUUCUGUGUGAGGAUGAUCGCGCCAUUCCGUUGUUUGUGCAGGAGUUAAUGGUGGAGAAGGCGAGGGGGAAGGGGGCCAGCUUUGAGACGGAGAAGAUUAAGACGGCUCAUACACCGUGGUUAGUUGUUCCUGACCAGGUUGCGGCGUAUAUUAGGAAACACGCUGGGGAGGUGUAG